AUGGACGGCGCUGGUGGUAACCCGGGUGCUGAUGGAGGUUUUGAUCCAUGUGAAUGCAUCAACAUGUUUCAAAUGAAUCAUGAACAUGCGAUGAAUCGUUUAAUCAAUACGCUACGCAACGCACAAACAACAUGUACUGAUACUGAAUGUUUUACUGGUCAAUUACCUGGUCAACCGAAUACCGGUGGUAAUGCUGAUACAGGAAUGAUGAAUAUGUAUUUAAUGUUAGGUAUAUGGCUUGCUAUUGCCUUCUUACUUUUUAUGUUUCGCCCGCGAACACUUCGUAAUAAUCGUGAACGUCUUGGCAAACCGAAUACUCAAGGUCCACAUCAUGAUAAUCAUCAGGAUCCACCAGGACCUGCAGUGCAGUAA